UGCAGCCAGCAGGGGUCGUCGUUCUGCGGCGUUCUUCGCCCUGCGGAGGCUAAACUGGUCUAAGUUUUAGAAAUAACGCUUUUCCUGGUUCGGGUUCUGACCCGGUUGGGUCUGCGGGGUUCGGGUCGGCCUGCUGUGAGCCCAAACAGAGAGCGGUACCGGGUUCCGGAGCCGCAGGGCAGCAAAGUAGCCGAGUAACGGAGCUGGUGGCCGGAGGCAGCGUCGCCUCCCGGACCUUUUUUUUUUUUCAGCCAACGGGUCGGUCGGUCCGGUGAGAGGCGGAGGAGCCGGUUACCGGGUUAACCACGCGGUAACCAACCCGCACCGAGAGGUAGUCUGGAAGGAGAAUGAAGAGCGUCCUUCGUCUGCAGGACGUCUCACCGAGUUAGACCGCCUCACUCCUGGGAGAGAACCAGGACCAGAACCAGAACCAGGACCAGGACCAGGACCAGGACCAGGCCAUGGAGGAGGACGAGGAGGAGGUCAGCAGCAUGGAGUACCUGCUGGACCUGGUCCUGCAGAAGGACGUGGGCAGGAGGCUGCAGGUGGGCCCAGAGAUCACCGAGCUGGUCCUGAACCCGGACCGCUGUCCCGGGCUGGACCAGGACCAGAGCCUGCUGGACAGGAUGGUGGACACCGUGGCCGGCUCCUGGGUCAACGCCAGCAACUACAAGGUGGUUCUGUUGGGGAUGGAGGUUCUGUCGGCUCUGGUGGACCGGCUGCAGGAGAGGUUCCGGACUCAGGUGGGAACAGUUCUGCCAAGUCUGAUGGAUCGCCUGGGAGACGCCAAGGACCAGGUCCGAGAGCAGGACCAGGCUCUGCUGCUGAAGAUCAUGGACCAGUCGGCCAACCCGCAGUACGUCUGGGAGCGGAUGAUGGGAGGCUUCAAGCACAAGAACAUCAGGACCAGGGAGGGACUCUGCAUGUGUCUCAUCUCCACCCUCAACGUGUUUGGGUCUCAGAGUCUGACCCUGAAUAAAAUCGUCCCUCACAUCUGCAGCCUGCUGGGAGACCCGGCCAGUCAGGUCCGCGACGCCGCCAUGUCCUGCCUGGUGGAGAUCUACCGCCACGUUGGAGAGCGAGUGAGAAUCGACCUGGGGAAGAAGGGCCUGCCUCAGUCACGGCUCAACAUGAUCUUCAGUAAAUUCGAUGAGGUCCAGCGGUCGGGGAACAUGGUGCUGUCCCCUCUGUCAGAUAAGAACUUCGAUGACGACGAGUCGGUGGACGGCGGCCGGUCCUCCUCCAGAGGAGCCUCCCUGUCCACGAGGAAGGCCGUGAGCAUGGGCUCCUUCCGCCGGCCGUCCUCGGCCUCCAGCGCCAAGUCUGCAGGCCGGGACGGGUCCAGCGCCGGAGCUGUGGACGAGGAGGACUUCAUCCAGGCCUUCGAGGACGUCCCCGCGGUGCAGAUCUACUCCAGCCGGGAGGUGGAGGAGGCCAUGACCAAGAUCCGCGACGUGCUGUCGGACGACAAGAAGGACUGGGAGCUGAGAGUGGCCGCCCUGAAGAAGCUGCGCUCCCUGCUCCUGGCCGGUGCCGCUGACUUCGACUGCUUCCUGCAGCAGCUCCGGCUGACGGAGGCCUCCUUCAAGCUGUCGGCCAAAGACCUGCGCUCCCAGGUGGUCAGGGAGGCCUGCAUCACGUUUGGCCACCUCUCCUCGGUGCUGGGCAGCCGCUUCGACCACGCCGCUGAGGCCGUCCUGCCGACGCUCCUCAGCCUCGUCCCUAACAGCGCCAAAGUCAUGGCAACGUCGGGCGUGGCCGCCAUCCGCCUCGUCCUCAGGCACACGCACUGUCCUCGCCUGGUCCCCAUCAUCGGCGGCGGCUGUGCCUCCAAGGCCGUGGCGGUCAGAAGGCGCUGCUUCGAGUUCCUGGACCUGCUCCUGCAGGAGUGGCAGGCGAGCAGCCUGGAGAGACACGUUGCCGUGGUGACGGAGACGAUCAAGAAGGGGAUCCACGACGCUGACGCUGAAGCUCGCUCUGUGGCCAGGAAGUGUUACUGGUCCUUCCACGGCCACUUCAGCCGGGAGGCGGAGCUUCUGUUCCAGGGCCUGGAGUCGGCCUAUCAGAAGGCGCUGCAGGCCCACCUGCGCAGCGGAGACACCCUGAUGUCGCUGCCGGCCUCCGACCGCUCCUCCUCCUCGUCCCAGGAGAGCCUGAACCGCCCGCUGGCGCUGAAGAGCUCGGCAGGAAGCGGCAGACCCAAAGCCGCCGCUGCCACCCGGCGCCCCGCCAACGCCGCCGCCUCCUCUCCAGGAUCCCUGCAGCGCUCCCGCAGCGACGUGGACGUCAGCGCCGCCGCCAGCGCCCGCACCAGGAUGCCCGCCGUCUCCCCCGCCGGCGCCCCCUUCAGCUCGGCCUCGGCUCUCCCCCCCGGGUCCUACGCCUCGCUGGGUAAGAACCGCGGUCCUCCCUCUGUUCUGUCUGAAGGAACUACAGUCGGCCCAGUCUUCAUCCCCUCCUCUUCGUCCUCAGGUCGAGUCAGAACCAGGAGGACGAGUGCGGGAACCGGUCCGACGGUGGCGGACAGCCGGGGGCGGAGUCGGGGAAAAGUCGUGUCUCAGUCGCAGCCCGGCAGCCGCUCCGGUUCUCCGGGCCGCCUGCUGGGCUCCGCGUACGGCCGGGUGCCGAGGUCCGGCCCUGGUGGCGGCGGCGGCGGCGGGGGCAGCGGCGCCUCCUGCAGUCAGAGCGAGAAGACGCGUCCUCGAGGUCACCGCAGUCAGGGCUGCAGCCGGGAGACGAGUCCCAGCCGGUCAGGACUCGCCCGGAGCCGGAUCCCUCGGCCCAGCAUGAGUCAGGGCUGCAGCAGAGAGACGAGUUGCGAGAGCAGCCGAGACACCAGCCCCGCCAGGGGCUUCUCCCCCCUGGCGAGCCGUCCCCACUCCCGUUCCACCAGCGCCCUGUCGUCUGCAGAGUGCUGCUCAGACCGGCUGGCCCAUCAGGCCCGGAUCUCGGCCUCCGUCAACGCCAUGAGGGUCCUGAACACCGGCACCGACGUGGAGGCCGCCGUGGCCGACGCUUUGCUGUUAGGAGACUCCAGGAGUAAGCGGCGGCCCGUCCGGCGGCGCUUCGAGUCGCCCGGCGUGCACUCGGACGACGACGCCAACAGCGACGCCUCCAGCGCCUGCUCCGAGCGCUCCUACGGCUCCAGGAACGGCGGCGCGGGGCCUCACUUCCUGCGUCAGACGGAGGACGUGGCGGAGGUGCUGAACCACUGCGCCAGCUCCAACUGGUCCGAGAGGAAGGAGGGCCUGCUGGGCCUGCAGAACCUGCUGAAGGGCCAGAGGACGCUCAGCCGAGUGGAGCUAAAGCGCCUCUGUGAGAUCUUCACCCGGAUGUUUGCAGACCCCCACAGCAAGAGAGUGUUCAGCAUGUUCCUGGAGACUCUGGUGGACUUCAUCGUGCUGCACCGGGACGACCUGCUAGACUGGCUCUUCGUGCUGCUCACGCAGCUCCUGAAGAAGAUGGGGGCCGACCUGCUGGGCUCGGUCCAAGCUAAGGUCCAGAAGGCUCUGGAUGUCACCAGAGAGUCGUUCCCGUACGAGCAGCAGUUCAACAUCCUGAUGCGCUUCAUCGUUGACCAGACCCAGACCCCCAACCUGAAGGUGAAGGUGGCCAUCCUGCGCUACAUCGAGGCUCUGGCCCGACAGAUGGACCCGGCCGACUUCGUCAACUCCAGCGAGACGCGCCUGGCGGUGUCUCGCAUCAUCACCUGGACCACCGAGCCCAAGAGCUCCGACGUGCGUAAGACCCUCCAUAACUGGGCAGGGGAGGAGGUGUCGGGCCGGAGCAGCACCGUGGCCUCUCUGCCCGGGGAGGGGAACCUGGAGGAGAGGUGCAAGCAGGCGGCCCAGGUGGUUCUGAUCGCCCUGUUUGAGCUCAACACCCCCGAGUUCACCAUGCUGCUGGGGGCCCUGCCCAAAACCUUCCAGGACGGCACCACCAAGCUGCUGCACAACCACCUGAGGAACGCCAGCAGCGGCAUCUCCACGGCGCCCCCCGUCAGCUCGGCCGGCCGGGCCGCUCCUCGCCACUCCGGCGGCCGCGGCAGCCCGCUGAGCUCGCCCACCAACCACGCCCACGCCGGCCUCUCCCCCAGUCGGCUGUGGGGCUGGAGCGCCGACGGCCUCUCCAAGUACCCUCCUCUUCCUCCCUUCCCCUCCCCUCUUCCUCCUACCGCCUCCCUCAAGGCCUUACGGCGAGCUUACUCACCCAGCGCGUUGGAGUACGACAGCGAGAACCUGAACGCCGAGGAGAUCUACUGCUCCCUGCGGGGCGUCACCGAGGCCAUCCAGAACUUCAGCUUCCGCAGCCAGGAGGACCUGAUGGAGCCGCUGCGGCGGGACGGGAAGCGGGACGGCAUGGCCGGCGUGGCGGCGUCCUCCGACCCGGAUCAUCGGUUCUGCGGCGACGUGACGGAGGUCGGCCGAACGGCUCUGGACAACAAGACGUCGCUGCUGAACACGCCGUCGCCGCGAUCGUUCUCCGGGCCGCGCUUCAGGGAGUACAACCCGUACAACUACACCGACGGCUCCCCGGAUAAAGCGGCUCCGGCGGAGGACGGCGCCGACCCGCACAGAGACGGCCGGCGGCAGGACUGCGGCGAGAACAAGACGCUGAACCCUAAAGGCUUCCCAGCCGGCUCGGCGGAGCAGCUGGAGCUGGUGGGGGGGCUGCUGAAGGAGCUGUCCCAGGCCGGGGAGCAGGGCCCCGAGGACCGGCGGGGGACCCUGCUGGAGCUGCUGAAGGCGGCGAGGGAGGACAGCCUGGCGGUGUGGGAGGAGCACUUCAAGACCAUGCUGCUGCUGCUGCUGGAGACGCUGGGGGACAGAGACCACUCGGUCCGAGCGCUGGCUCUGAGGGUCCUGAAGGAGAUCCUGCGGAACCAGCCGGCCCGGUUCAAGAACUACGCCGAGCUGACCAUCAUGAAGACGCUGGAGGCCCAUAAGGACUCCCACAAAGAGGUGGUGCGAGCGGCGGAGGAGGCGGCCUCCACGCUGGCUGGCUCCAUCUCCCCGGAGCAGUGCAUCAAGGUGCUCUGCCCCAUCGUGCAGACCACCGACUACCCCAUCAACCUGGCGGCCAUCAAGAUGCAGACGCGGGCGGUGGAGCGCGUGGCCAAGGAGCCGCUGCACCUCCUGCUGCCGGACGUCAUCCCCGGCCUGCUGCAGGGCUACGACAACACGGAGAGCAGCGUGAGGAAGGCCAGCGUCUUCUGCCUGGUGGCCAUCUACUCCGUGAUCGGCGAGGAGCUCAAGCCUUACCUGUCCCAGCUGACCGGCAGCAAGAUGAAGCUGCUGAACCUUUACAUCAAACGGGCCCAGACGUCCACCAGCAACAGCAGCAGCUCCUCGGACAUCUCCUCCUACUGACCCCUCCAGGGGCGGAGCUCCGUCCUCCCGCUCCUCUGUCCGUCCUGAGGAGCUCCGUCUGCUGGAAGGCCACCAGCCUUAAGACCUCCUCCUCCUCCUCCUCCUCACUAGUAGAAACCCGCUUAUACACUUAGAGCUCAUUCCCACAUCCAGACUGUUUGCUGAGGAGGCGAGAAGGAGCGGAGGAGGACGCCAGCUACCUUUAAGUCACUUGUGCUUCGACACAUCAGACCUUCCAGUAAAAACUGAAUGUAAGGAGCGUCUCCUGGAGCUCCGCCUCCUCGGUUUUGGAGAAGGGCGGGAGCGCCGAUCAUUUGGCUGGCCAAUGAUUCGAUCCGUUUCUGGUCACCUGCCGGGGUGUCGCUCCAAACGGAAACGUGCCUGUGGGGCGUUCAUCGGCUCCUUCUCAGGAGGAAAGCUCCGUAAAUCGUUUUAAACUUUAUUGUUCCCUGAGUCCCGGCCGACGUUCUCCGUCUGUAACCUUUUAAAACAGAGCUGGGCUCCUCGUAGCGCCUCUGUGGAUCUCAUCCUGUCGGUUAUUUUAAAUUAGGGGGCGGGGCCUGAGCACAUCUGUGCGGCCGACCAAUCAGAGCAGAGGGCGGAGCCUCAGAAUCAGUCGACGUGUUUUUAAUUUUCUCUGCUGGGA